AUGAACACUUAUGAAGAAUAUGGUGAAGAGGAGCUCAAUGACUAUAUCAUCCAGCUGAGUAUUCAAGACUCCUGCCAGGAUGCCUUUCUAAAAUCUGCAGCCAGUUUAGCAGCAGUGACGGAUGAAAACCUGAGAGUCCUGGCUGCCAUUGAGCAAGGUGAAGUGUUGGUGCUCAGGGAGAUGCUGUGUCACACAUUCGCCUUCGGGGAGUCGGACAGUCGCGGCUGGCUUCCCCUCCAUCGAGCUGCAUCCCAGCCGGUCCUGGAGGUUCUGGAGACUGUCCUGAGAUGUAAUGGGGCGGCUCAGGGGCUCAGCCUGGAGGAGAGGACGGCCGUGGGGGGAGAGACACCGCUGACACUGGCUGUUAAAGCCGGACUGGUGGAGAACGUGAAGAGCCUGCUGGUGCACGGAGCCUCGCCUCACAACACCAACAGCAAGAACGAGUCGCCGCUGCUGCUGGCGGUGAGGGCCGGCUCUUACGAGAUGACAUCUGCUCUGGUGGCUCACGGCGCCUGGGUGGAGCAGGUCUGCCGGAAGAGGUGGACGGCCAUGCACGAGGUGGCCAAAGUCGGCAGCGUGGACGUCCUGAUGCUCCUGCUCAGGAACGGUGGCCGGAUAAACCAGAAGGACGUGACGGGAGUGACGCCACUCGCCGUGGCGGCAGAGCACGGACACUUCCACAUCGCUGAGAUUUUGCUGAACUGUGGUAGCAGAGUGAACUCUCAGGCCUGUAACGGGGAAAGCGUCCUGCUGGAUGCGGCCGGAUCAGGAAACACUGACUGUAUUAAACUGCUGCUGAACAACGGAGCCAACCCCAACCUCCCCAGCAUCACCGGACACCUGCCCAUCCACAAGGCAGCGUACGCCGGACACUAUGAUGCUUUGAAGAUGCUGAUACCUCUGACCGAUAAGAAGGCCAUUAAGGAGGCAGGCCAGAGCCCAGUGCACUCUGCAGCGGAGGGAGGUCAGAGCCGCUGCCUGCAGCUGCUCCUCGCCUGCGGCUUCGACGUCAACUCCUGCAUGAACACCAGAAACUCUGAAAACUACCGGGACAUGAGGAGGAGCGCCUUGUACUUCGCUGUCUCCAACGGGGACGAGGUCUGCACCAAAAUACUGCUGGAGGCCGGAGCGAAAACAGACCUGGACCCGCUGCUCUGCCUCCUGGUGGCGGUCCGGUCCGGGCGUUAUGAGAUAGUGAAGCUGCUGCUGGCGGCCAGAGCAGAUGUGAACUGUUACUUCACGGUGGUGAGCGACACGGUGUUUCCCACAGCGCUGCAGUACUGCCUGAAGGACGAGGUGAUGAUGAGGCUGCUGCUCAACAACGGCUACGAGGUGGGGAGUUGCUUCCACUGUCACCAUGACAAAGCUUUCGAUGCUGCGGAUGAUGUGGACGGAAAAAUCCCAUUCUGCGAGUUCAUGAGUCUCUGCUGCCUCAAGCAUCUGUCCGGGAGCGUGGUCCAGAUUCUGCUGGACUACGUCAACCACAUCCACAUCUGCUCCAAACUCAGACUGAUCCUGGAGAAACAGAAAGAGUGGCCCGAUAUAUGUGAAAUCCUCAGCAGUCCUCGCUCCCUCAGGCACCUCUGCAGGCUGAACAUCAGGAGCCGUUUGACCCUGAAGAGACUCAACAACCAUGAAAUCAUGAACUCGCAUGUGUUCCCUCCCAGACUGAAGAACUUCAUACUGUACCAGGAGCUCGACCUCUACAGCCGGGACCCUGAACGCAUCAUGUGAAGAUAGUCCUGCUUGUUUUUAAGGGAUGUAACAAUUUUAAAAUCUUUGUAAUCUCUAUUUCUCUUAAACAUA